ACACAUAACAUCAACGUAUGAGGCAGGAAAACGGCAGCGCCUAUCCCUUUCGAUGACGGAAAAGUCUACCCUUAUUUACGCGAUACUCAAUACCCACUGAGUUGGAUCGCUAGCGACCGAAUUGGGUUUCAUUUCAAAGCACAGAAGAUUAUGGGUUGGAAUUACCCAGAAAUUUCUUUAGAUGAAAUGAUGAAAUUGAUAAAAGGGUUUGUAGAUAUACUCAUUCUGGCAUCUGGGUAUCAGUCUUCUGGCUUUCCUGCCCACUGGGAUGCCCACAAUAUUAAGAAAGCUUUUCAAUGGGCUCUCUUUUUUGAGAAUGUUAUUAGGCACUUGAGCUCUAAAGAUGUUUACCUGGACUCAUUUAAGGAACUUGAUGCAACUGUAAAUGAAAUGACAGCCAAUCCUUCCUUCCCUCAGGGUCUUUCCCAUCUAUCAUGUUCUACUCUCAGUAGAGCCAGAGCUUUUGUUUCUGAAUAUUUCAUACAUGCUUUACCUUUGAGGGAUGCACAUCUCAGCGCUUUCCUGAGAGCAACAGUGGAGAUGGAUCUUGAUGAGCUUUCCAAGAUGGUGGAUGAUUGCUUUAAUAUGUAUCUCAAAAAGUUGAUGCUUCUUGAUUCAUCACUUGACUUGGUUCUGGAACCAAGGGGUUUUGUGAAGGACUCAUAUAAGUCAUCUUCAGAUGUUUCUCCACUUAAGAAGAUUGAUAAAUGUACGGCUGGUGAUUUCACUUCGUUUGCUGUUCAAGGCUUGUCCAAGAGGCAGUCAGCAUUGUCAUGCAUAUCAACAGUUAAGGCAGGCUUAGAUGUCCUCUCCACUGCUGUGAAACACAGUAGUUGCACCAGGCCUUAUAAUAGCUUCAGUGAAGAAAAUUUGAACCAAGUUAGAGCUCUGGCAUUGAUGGGGGGUGAAUAUGACUUGGUUGAUUUUGUCACAUGGAACUGCUGGAAAUCAAGAAAUUUCUUGUAUUUCCUUGAUAUGAGAACCGUUAGAUUGGCCUCUGGUGCAAGCAUGAUAUUUUCUGCACCCAAGAGCCAGUGGGUACAAGUAUUUGAACAGCUGCAUAUAUCAGCAGAAGGCUCUGAUGAUGAUUUCAGUGAAAUCAUUGAGCUUCUCUUACUUGGAUGCAUUGGAAGCAAAUGGAGUUGUUUGAUUGAAUAUUUCAUGUCAGUUUCUUAUGAUUCCCUACCUAUCUCAAAGCAGUAUCAUGAAUUAUGCAAGGGAAUACGACAUUUACAUUCUAAAGAGGAAAUGAUGAACUUUAAGGAUACUUGCAUUCUGGAGUAUCUGAUUAAAUUAUUAAGUGGUCAACUUCAUCACCUCUGGAAACUACCGCCUGUCCUUGUAUCAGUUGCCAUUCCAUUGUGGUCACCUUUAUUUGGACUUUAUUUGAGUGAGAUAGAGACACAUUACAAGGGAGAUACUUUAACAAUGAGCAGAUUCUGCACAUGUCUUAAAGAUGGGAAGGAACACAAGGAUUGUGAACUUGCUGAAAGGAUCUGGUUGCUUUACAUAUUUCAUAUUUGUGGGUCUCAUCUAAUGUCUGGUGCUAGUAGUGCUUGACAGUGAACUUGAGCAUUACCUCUGUUCUUGAGGCUCAAGAUUGCUUUGGGUUUCAAUUUCGGUCCUCACAAAAAUAUAGAGCAUGUGUGUUCUGCUCUGAUACUGCUUUUGAUCAUGUGUAUUCUGGUAUAAUACUGCAGUAGUAAAAGCUUAUAUCUAUCUAGACACAAGAUAAUGAAUUAAAGGAGUAUAGUUUAUUAAUUACACCCUGACUGAUACAUUCAUGUGUUCACACGUGUACACUUGGUACAUUAUAAAAUAUCUGUACUGUUACACUGCAGAAAAUAUGAGCUCACAAGUUAUCUCCUGUAGAAUAGAACAAACAUGGAUAGAAAACUUUAUCUGAUGCAUAUAUAUCAUUGUCGAUCAUUCUUUGCUUGAAUGAAGAGUGUUUGAACCUUAUUCUAAAAAUAUCAAUUUAUCUGCCCCACAAUGUCUUUUUCACAUCUUGUGGGGGCCUUUUCUGGAUAAAAUGUGAUCAAACUUUAACUGAGAAAGCUAUGAAUUUUGCAAAUGGAAGAAUGUGUUUAAUCAUGUCAUUAUCACUCAUUUAGUAAUGGACGGUGAGAACUUUUCUUGGGCAGUCCACUCUCAUGCAACCUUUUUCCCUUAGAUGCUUCCUGGGAAAGUUCAACUCUAGAGUAAAACUUAAGCAAAGUCUCAAAGGCUAAAGCACUUGGCAACUCUUUGGUGGACUAGCUAAUAUCAAAACUGUGGUCUGAUCAGUAGUGACAUAACAUCAGUAGCCUAAUAUGAACAGUGAGUUGAGACAGAUGGCCUAGUUGAAAAAGUUGAAUGGGCCAGUGAUAAUAAAGUAAUUUAAAUACAUAAUGUUAUGGACAAUGACACAUGAUAAUGGGCAUUGAUGCUUUGAAAGAUUGGUCUUAUUAUUUUCUUUGUAACUAUAUUUUCUCCUGGUUUCCUUUUUGCUUUUGGUCUUGUAAGCCAUCUUCCCUGAAUUUGUAUACAAAGGUUGAAGGGGAUCCAGUUCUUGAAGUGGGCAAGAAAAUGGGAAGCACCGGUUCCGCUGUCACACUUGUGAGUCUGGAAAGAAAAGACCCGAGUGGCGGUGGUUGCAGUACAUCUUAUGUGGUGAUGCAGUUGUUCUGGAAACUUAAGUCUCUCUGGAAGCAAGCAUUGGGAUGGCAGAGGAUGAAUGUGCAGUAUAGCUAUGAUAUCCACAGUUACUCUCUCAACUUUGAUGAUGGUUCUUUUCUUGAUCACCGUUUGCACAACAGUUGUUGAAGAAAUUUUAGUUUGAACUUCAGAAAUAAGUCAUGUGUGAGACAACCAGAUAUACAAUUUUUCAUAUUACAGUAUUGGAUUGUGCUUGUAAGUUAGUCAUACAGCAUUAAACUGAGAUAUGAGAAAGAGGAUAAUACUGAAUCCAUGUAUCUUCCAAAUAAGUUUAUGCCCCAAAUUAUGCCUCUCUUUGUUGUCUAAUCAGACGUUUGAAUUUACCAGUUUGACCUUUUCUUUC